UACACUUUGCUGAUAGCUGUACAGGCUAUAACUCAACUCAACUCAAAGCUAAGCCACCACAAGCAGCGCCUCCAACAACAACAACACAACCCUCUAAUCAUAUCAUGGCCACCACCAUUGGUCGAGUACCAUAAACUACAAGAGCUGAGACUUAAACUUCUCACCACCACUACCAGUGCCACCUGCUUGGAAAGAAGAGAGGUGGGCAUUUUCCGGUAAGAAAGAUAAGCACUGAUCUUCUUCACUCUUCACCCACAAUAUAUGUUCUUUUGACUGUGUUUUCAAAAUUAUCUUCCACCAUAAAAAAGAUACAUGAAAGACUCUUUUGUUCACAUGCAUGGUUUCAAGUUCAACACUUUGGUGUGAAAUUUAAGCAUCCUCACCAUCACAAUAGCUUCCUUCACAUGCAUGUUGUCUCCAAGAGUGGACUUUUUCCAUCUCUAACUUAGCUACCACCACAAAGAACCACUAGUACUCCAUUGUCAACCUUAAUCUUCAUCACUUUCCAUGGCCCAAAUGAAAAAUGCCAACCAUUUUGUUGCCAGAUUUUCUCUAUUCUUCUUCUACGUUAUUACCAUGAACAAAACCUUACUGGUUACCUCUCUCUCACCUGAUGGACAAGCCCUUCUCUCCCUUCUCUCUUCUGCAGACCCUUCUGCCAAAGAAUCAUCCUCUAUUCUCUCCUCAUGGAACCCAUCAAGCUCAACCCCAUGUUCAUGGCAAGGCAUCACUUGCUCUCCACAAACCAGAGUUAUUUCUCUCUCUAUCCCCAACACAUUCCUCAACCUUUCCUCUCUACCCCCACAGCUCUCUUCCCUCUCUUAUUUGCAACUUCUCAACCUAUCCUCCACCAAUGUCUCUGGCACCAUACCCUCUUCAUUUGGCAGACUCACUUAUCUUCGCCUCCUUGACCUUUCCUCCAAUUCCCUCUCAGGUCCUAUUCCUCCAGAACUCGGCACUCUCUCUUCCCUCCAGUUCCUUUUCUUGAACUCCAACAGAUUGUCUGGUAGGAUACCUCCACAGCUUGCCAAACUAAGCUCAUUACAAGUUCUUUGUCUUCAAGACAAUCUUCUUAAUGGGUCAAUCCCAUCACAACUAGGCUCUUUGGUUUCCCUUCAACAGUUUAGAGUUGGUGGGAACCCAUAUCUAACAGGAGAAAUUCCUGCACAAUUAGGACUACUCACCAAUCUCACUACAUUUGGUGCUGCUGCCACUGGUCUUUCUGGUGUGAUCCCUCCCACAUUUGGAAACUUAGUCAAUCUCCAAACUUUGUCACUGUAUGAGACUGAGGUUUUUGGUUCUAUACCUCCUGAACUUGGUCAGUGUUCUGAGCUGAGGAACUUGUAUUUGUACAUGAACAAGCUCACUGGCUCAAUCCCUCCUCAAUUGGGUAAGUUGCAAAUGCUUACUAGUUUGCUUGUUUGGUCAAAUGCAUUAUCUGGACCAAUCCCAGUUGAGCUUUCCAAUUGUUCAUCGCUUGUGGUUCUUGAUGCCUCUGCCAAUGAACUUUCUGGAGAAAUCCCAGGUGACUUGGGGAAGCUAGCAGUGCUCGAACAGCUUCAUUUAUCGGAUAAUGCACUAACGGGGACAAUUCCGUGGCAAUUGAGCAAUUGCACAAGCCUCACUGCUCUUCAGCUUGAAAAGAAUCAGUUAUCAGGUACCAUUCCAUGGCAACUUGGUAACUUGAAAUUGUUGCAAAAUUUUUUCUUGUGGGGUAAUUUGGUGUCCGGAACCAUACCAUCUUCAUUUGGGAACUGCACUGAACUAUAUGUGCUUGACCUUUCAGGGAAUAGGCUUACCGGGUCUAUUCCGGAAGAGAUUUUCGGUUUGAAGAAGCUGAGCAAGUUUCUGCUUCUAGGGAACUCAUUAUCAGGAAGGUUGCCCCCAAGUGUUGCCAAUUGUCAGUCUUUAGUGAGAUUGAGGCUUGGGGAGAAUCAGCUUUCUGGUCCUAUUCCUAAAGAGAUAGGCCAAUUGCAGAAUCUUGUGUUUCUUGACUUGUACACGAACCAUUUCUCUGGUGGCCUUCCAUUUGAGAUUGCUAACAUCACUGUUCUUGAGCUAUUGGAUGUGCACAAUAACUACAUUACUGGGGAAAUCCCAUCUCAGCUUGGUGAGCUUGUGAAUUUAGAGCAGCUUGAUCUCAGCAGGAACAGCUUCACUGGUGAAAUUCCUGGGAGCUUUGGAAAUAUGAGUUACUUGAACAAGCUCAUUCUCAACAAUAAUCUGCUGACAGGUUCAAUCCCGAAAUCCGUGAGGAACUUGCGGAAACUAACUCUGCUUGACUUGAGCUACAACAACCUCUCUGGUGCAAUUCCACCUGAAAUUGGUUAUGUGACAAGCUUGACAAUCAGUUUGGACUUGAGCUACAAUGGGUUCAUAGGAGAAUUACCUGAGAAAAUGGCCAGUUUGACACAGCUACAAUCGCUUGAUCUUUCCCAUAAUAUGCUUUAUGGUAAAAUAGAAGUUCUGGGUUCCUUAACCAGUCUUGCCUCCCUUAACAUUUCCUUCAACAAUUUCUCAGGUCCUAUUCCAGUGACACCAUUCUUCAAAACUUUAUCCUCAAAUUCAUACUUUCAGAACCUGAAUCUUUGCGAGUCCCUUGAUGGGUCUACAUGCUCUUUCGGUCCCAUUAGGAGAAGUGGAUUAAAAUCUGCCAAAAUUGUAGGUUUGGUUUGUGUAAUUCUGGCUUCAGUUACUGUGGCAGUUCUUGCAUCGUGGAUUAUACUAACGCGUAAUCACAAGUAUGUAGUGGAUAAAUCUUCAGGAACAUCGCCAUCUUCUUCAGGGGCUGAAGACUUCUCUUAUCCAUGGACUUUCAUCCCAUUUCAAAAGCUCAACUUCACCAUUGACAACAUCCUGGAUUGCUUGAAAGAUGAAAAUAUUAUAGGGAAAGGUUGUUCUGGGGUUGUCUACCAGGCAGAAAUGCCCAAUGGGGACUUGAUUGCAGUGAAAAAGCUCUGGAAAACUAAACGAGAUGAAGAACCAGUGGACUCUUUUGCGUCGGAGAUUCAAAUUCUUGGACACAUUCGACAUAGGAACAUUGUGAAGUUGCUGGGAUACUGUUCCAAUAGAAGUGUCAAGCUACUUCUCUACAACUACAUUUCUAAUGGUAACCUACAACAGCUGUUGCAGGGGAAUAGGAACUUGGAUUGGGAAACUAGGUACAAGAUUGCAGUUGGGUCGGCUCAGGGUCUUGCUUACCUUCAUCAUGAUUGUGUGCCAGCAAUUCUUCACAGAGAUGUUAAGUGCAAUAAUAUACUUCUAGAUUCCAAAUUUGAAGCGUAUCUGGCAGAUUUUGGUCUUGCAAAGUUGAUGAACUCUCCAAACUAUAACCAUGCAAUGUCAAGAGUAGCUGGCUCUUAUGGUUAUAUUGCCCCAGAAUACGGAUACACCAUGAACAUAACAGAGAAGAGCGAUGUCUACAGCUAUGGAGUGGUGCUGCUGGAAAUAUUAAGUGGGCGUAGUGCAGUUCAGUCCCAUGUAGGUGAUGGGCUCCAUAUUGUUGAGUGGGUGAAAAAGAAGAUGGGAAGCUUUGAACCUGCUGUAUCAAUACUAGAUACAAAGCUCCAAGGCUUACCUGAUCAAAUGGUGCAAGAGAUGCUUCAAACACUAGGAAUUGCUAUGUUUUGUGUGAACUCUUCGCCAGCAGAAAGGCCAACCAUGAAGGAAGUGGUGGCACUAUUAAUGGAGGUAAAGAGCCCACCUGAAGAAUGGGGGAAGACUUCUCAGCCACUAAUAAAGCAGUCCUCAAAUCAAAGUUGAUUUUUUUUUUCUUUCCCUUUUUGUUUUCUUUUCUUUAUUAGGCAUCAAUGAUUGAUUUUCUUUUCAAUCCCAAGAUAAGAAGGAACCAGUGGUGUUAGUGUUGGGAAAUGAUAAGUAAGCUUAUGGUAGUGGCACCAUUGAGUUUCAAUGGUGGCCUUGGGCUUGUACAGUUUUAGAAACAUGA